CUAUGGGCAACAUCAACGGUAAUGUUUCUCUCUACUUUAUACACAGCAUGGUGAACAGGCCCAAUCACUCAAUAUGUGUGCAGAUUGCCUCCCUUGAUCAAUACAACAUUGUUUCGUUGUCCUGCAAGCGCUUCAUACUUCAUCUGUUUCACAAAUCGUUUGCAAUGAAAACGAAACUACUGCAGGAUGGGUUCUGUCAGAGAAACGAAACUGAGCAGCUUGAUAAAAUGGAGGAAUAGGGGAGGGAGUGAGAGACUCGAAGAGGAAGGAAAAAAGCCUGGAGAAACUGGCAGCCUGUUAUUCCUUUCGCCAGCCUGAAUACUGUACGGUUUCCUGUCAAUUUCUUCUAGGAACUUCCAAGCAAUGGCUACACAAGGAUCUCAGGAUUCAGGAGAGAACUUACUGGACUCCCAAAAAGAACCUGCCCCUGAAAGUUCCGAAUUAAGCAACAAGACAGAUAUUUCUGUCCAGACACAAUCCCUGAAAAAACAGAGACGAAAGAAGAACAGGGACAGGCUUUCUAAAAAUAAUACUGAAGGACCAAAUACUGAAAGUGAAUCCCAGAUGAAAAAUGCUGAAAUCAUCCAUGGCAUGCACACAUUUUUAGUGCAGAAAUUCUCAAGAGCUGUCUUUGCCAGUCUGCUCAAUGAUUAUGUGGAAUCUGAAUUCUUCUUGAUUGAUGGAGAUUCCUUACUGCUAACUUGUGUUUUGGAUCAGUCACUGAAGGCAGGACAGCAUCUGCAUUUCUUCUACUUGGUAGAGUCGUACUUGCUUAAACUGACCAACCGAGGAGCAAAAUAUGCUGUUGUGUUUUUUGAGGAUAUGGCAUAUUUCUACCAUAGCAGAGCUGACCUCAUCUCUCUACGGACCCAGCUGAAACUACACUUGGAACAUAAUACAGACACAGCCGUAUACACCAUUUCCAACUUUUUGUCUGCUCAGUGGAACACAUUUUUGACUGAUCACCAUCCCUAUUUUCUAAUGGUUUGUGACGAAGGCAUAACUCUUUCCCAAACAUAUUUCUUCAGUAUGCUUAUGCUAAGUGCCCUGAAAAGUAAAGUAGACCUCGUACUCACUUCAGGACAAGAGUUUGAUCAGCUCCGAAUAUAUGGAUACCAUAUCAGUGCUUCCCACCAUCGUAAAUUAUAUCCUUUAAAGAACCAAAAGCAAGUUCUUCAAGAGCUUAUUGGUCCAUGUGCAAAGUUGUAUGGAGAGCAUGUACAGAAGUUCAAUUCCAGUGACACCAUAGAAAAGAUCAAACAAACUAUAAAAUUUCUUGUUGAGAAAGAGAACGAGACUUUAGACAUAAGAAGCAUGACCUGCAUUCUGUCCUGCUCUGCAGUCCUGACAAUUUAUGGCCAAAAAAGUAAAAGCACAAAACAUCAAAUGUUUAAAGCCUCACAGGAUAACAGUGACCUGACAUUGGAAGAAGUGGCUGACCUAUGCAGAAUGUACUGUCUGAGUGUGGCCAUAUCACAGGUUUUGCCUCUUUCCCAGAGAAUGAAAUCUAGGAAUAUCAGUGCAGAUUGGAACACCCCUGUAUUAGCAUGUUUAGAUUUGCGAAAUAUAUGUGAGCACAUUAUUCUGAAGACGUUUUCCAACACCUCAGACUGGAAUAUAAAUUGGACACACAUCCCUGACUUGAGUGAUGGUUUGCUGUUAAAAAACAUUGCAUAUUUCUAUGAAAAAGAGAAAAGUAAAGGCUUCAAGUGGAUAUUUGGGAAGACAAUAGAAGAUAAGUAUUCAUUUCUCUGGAACUCCAUUUUGAAAGUAAAUCCACAUGGUGAACAAAUACAAUCCUAUGAUAUCAGGACAACAUCACGUUCUUUCCUUCCAAAGGCUUCCUCCAUAAUAGUGAGAGAUGAGAACAUGCCAACUAUAGGUCUUCUACGAGCAAACUCUGACAUUGUUGAAGAAUAUGUUGGGGACCUUCUGGAUGAAUUACCAUUUUUAAGCAGUACUGAACAAAGAGAAACCCCAGUACCCAGAGGGAAAUAUUUUGAUGAACUUACACAUUGGCAUUCUAGACGUCCGCUAAGUGAUGACUAUGACAGAACGAAGGGAGGUGAUGAAGCACUGAAAGAUGAACGCGCUCUCAGAGCUUAUCAAAAGCUACAGACCUUUCAGCGUUUUAGUGGGCAAUCUUUAGUCUCCUCAUCAUCCAAGACAAUUGUACUACAGAACAAAGAAUCUGAGAAAAAGGGGGAGAAAGAAAAGGUUGUUGUGAAGAAAAAGGAAUCACAGAAGUCCAAAAAAGAUCAAAUCAUAGAAGAAAAUCAGAAAAGAAUGAAUGCCAAAGAAGAAAUUAAGGAAGUUGAACAGUGGAAAUCUAUGGCUUCUUCCAUUGAAAAAGAAAUGGGAGCAAAUUUUUUUCCUGGCUUAAAAAAACUGGAAUAUUUCAUCAUAAGUACCCAAACCAGCUCAGUGAAGCUUCUUGCAGAACGAUUGGGAUUAAGAAUUUCUCUUGAGGUCUGGGUUGAGCACUGCAGCAUGCACAAAAAGAAGAAAGAUUUAAAUAUCGCCGUGGAAAUCAUGAAGAAGAUACAAACACUUCAGAACAAAUACAAGGACGUGAUGACAAAAGAGGAUCAACAAAUGAUCGCUAAAUGUCUCAGUUAUCUGGGAUUUGAGAAUUUGGCAUGUACAUUGCCAUGCUCUAUGGUAACCAAUACUCAAGAGGACAAGAAGAAGGCUGAGUGCUCGGUUGGAGUUGGAGCAGCUCGUUUCCAGUUGCAGUUCAUGGGUCCAUACAUGUUAAGAGAUGAGAGGACAGAUCCUGAUCCAAGAGUACAACACUUUAUACCAGACACAUGGCAGCGUAAACUUCUUGAUGUUGUUGACAAUAAUGAGUCUGCGGUGAUAGUUGCCCCUACAUCGUCAGGAAAGACUUAUGCUUCGUACUACUGCAUGGAGAAAGUUCUGAGUCAAGACAAUGAAGGUGUGGUUGUGUAUGUUUCACCAACAAAGGCUCUUGUAAACCAGGUGGUAACCACUGUAAUCAGUCAGUUCAACAAAAAUUUGCCAAAUGGAGUUGCUUUGUGCGGUGUUUUCACAAGGGAUUACCGUACUGAUACAUUAAAAAGCCAGAUAUUAGUAACUGUGCCUCAGUGUCUUGAGAUUCUUCUCCUAUCUCCACACCGUCAAGAAUGGGCUAAAAGGAUUAAAUAUGUAAUAUUUGAUGAGAUUCAUUGCCUUGGGGGAGAAAUUGGUGCAGAAGUAUGGGAACAUCUUCUAGUGAUGAUUCGUUGUCCAUUUCUUGCUUUGUCUGCAACGAUAAGUAACCCAGAACACCUAACUGAAUGGCUGCAAUCAGUCAAAAAUUAUUGGCAGAUAAGAGACGAAUUAUUAGAUGUAAAACGGGCAGAGAAAGGAGCGAAGGUUAAAGCCCAUAAGAAGACAGAAAAAAUGUCUUACAGAGUGCGUCUAGUGGUCUAUAACAAGAGAUACAAUGAUCUGGAGAAGUAUGUGUGCUCUGUGCAAGACUCCAGCAUAUCUUUUGAGCACUAUCACCCAUGCGCUGCCUUAACCAUGGAUCAUAUGGAGAAAUAUGGAAUUCCAAAUGAUCUGUCUUGCUCCCCGAGGGAAAGUUUACAACUGUACGACACUAUGGUGAAUGUAUGGCCUGAAUGGUCAAGAAGACAGGAAUUGGACCCUGAAGAAUAUAAACAUUUCAAAAACAAAAUCAACAUAACAAAAAAUGAAACAGUGGCAUAUGACUAUGAACUAAAAAAAGAAUUAAUCAACUGGAUUAAACAAGGAAACCAGAAAAAGAUUUCUCAAGUGCUUAAGUGUCUUCAGCCACCAGAAUCCUCUUGUAAUGUGGAUUGCAUCUCUGACUUCCCAAAGCUCAUUGAAAAACUGAAGGAAGAGCAAAAGCUUCCAGCACUUUUUUUUAUAUUUAACAUUGGACUCGUGGAACAUCUUGCAGAGGAAGCAGCUUUAUUUCUUAAACGGAAACAAGACAAUAAGACAAAAUUGUUGACUGAAAAAGAAACCAAAAAGCUUGGCACCAAAGCAAAAAGACUGGAAAAAGCUAUAGCAAAAAAUAAAUCCUCAGAUGUAAAUGAUGCUUUCUUGGCCAAUGUUGCCAAUUACGAGAAUAUAGAGCAGGUGCUUAAGAAGGACAAAGAAAUCCCACCAGAUUGUACGUAUGCUGAUACCACAGCGGUGAACAAUGAGUUACUCUUGGAGGUGUUCAGACAAACAAGUCGGUCGAGAGACGCAAAGCAUCUGAUGUUUCUGGCAAAAAGAGGUGUUGGCUACCAUCAUGCAUCUUUGGAUGCUAAAGGAAGAAGGCAAGUUGAGAUGCUGUUCAGAAUGGGAUACCUACGUGUUGUUACUGCAACUGGAUCUCUUGCCUUGGGAAUAAACAUGCCGUGUAAAUCUGUAGUGUUUGUUCAAGAUUCACUUUAUCUGGAUGCACUAAAUUACAGACAGAUGUCAGGACGUGCAGGAAGGCGAGGACAGGAUUUGUUGGGAAAUGUAUACUUUUUCACCAUUCCUUUGCCUAAAGUAAAGAGGCUUAUUAAAUCAGAUGUCCCUAAUUUAAAGGGACAGUUCCCAUUAAGCAUCUCUUUGGUACUACGACUCAUGUUAUUGGCUGCCAAGGCUGAACAUAAAGAAGAUGCCAGUGCUAAGGCAUUGUCAGUAAUGAAGCACUCCCUGAUGGCGUUUAAAAAACCUUCUGAAACCAAAAUGUUAAAGCUCUACUUCCUGUUCUGCAUACACUUCUUGAUCCAUGAGGGCUGUUUGGAUCAACACUGCAACCCUUUGGACUUUACUGGACUGGUUACCCAUUUACAUUACCAUGAACCCUCAAAUUUUGUGUUUGUCAGUUUUCUUGAAAAUGGUUUAUUUCAUCGGCUGUGCAAGCCAAAAAACAAAGGUUCAAAAAAGUUUCCCCAAUCUGUGAUGGAAACCCUGGUGCUGGUUUUGGCAAACCUGUUUGGAAGAAGCUACCUUUUACCAUCCAUGCUGGAAUUAAAGGGCACAUUCAAACAGUCAAAGGUCUUUCUGGAAAGUCUACCAGGUGAUUUUGCUGCAGCCCUUGAAGUCUACAAUUCUAAAAUAUCAUCAGUCUUUGGCCAGUAUCUCCUUGCUGUUUCCCAUCUGGCAAAUUAUGAACCUGAAUACAAGCUUCCUUUAUCCCAGAUAAACUUCUAUUGGGAGGAAUAUAAGGAUUCUGAACUUGUAAACCAUCUAAUGAAUUGCACCACAAGAAGAAGUGCCAUAUCCCCUUUUGCCUGUCUGUCUGGAAAUACAGAUUAUGACUUACUUAUUUCAGAAAAUGUGGACAGUCUUUUGUUGCAAACUGUCCAAGUGAGCCAAAAACACAUUCCUGUGCUGCAUUUGGAGAAAACAGAUGCUUGUGGGAGAAAACAGCUACUUAACGCCUAUGCACUGGAUUUCUUCAAGCACGGCUCCAUCGACGCACUGGAAGUUGAUAAUGGGUUUCACAAAGGAGAUGCUUUUUACAAGUUACGAGAUUUUUCUUUAUGCAUUGCAGCUAUAAGUGUGUCUUUGAGGGAAAUGUGUGAAGAUGAGGAUGAUCCUGUUGUAUUAGCUCUGGAGCAGCUCAAUAACAUGUACAGAGAAAAACUGGCCACUGCUUAUCCCACCCACAGAGUCAUGUUCGCGUGAAGUCAUCCAUUUUCUUCAGUCAAACUAAACAGCAAUAUGUACAGUCUACCUUACAGUGGAAUAUUGAUGGUUUUACAAAUGCUAUAUUAUAAUGUAUUUUGAUAGGCCAAAAAUCGACAUUUUCUUGGUACAUUCUUUAUGUCUCUAAGACAUGGUUUAUAGAUGUAGAGGUUUAGGCAAAACAAUUGUUACUGAAGCUGAAUGAAUGCAUUGACUAACAAUGAUACAUAAAUGCACUAUACAGUAUUUUUCCUGCUUUCCCCCAGUGACUAUUAAUGGCUUCUGAAUAGCGAUGAGCAAGUUUUUGCCAUGUUUCGCCUCAAAAAUUACGCCAAUAGACUUCAAUGGGUGAAAGCCAAGCAAAACCGGUCAGAUGCGCCCAUCACUACUUGUGAAGACUACCCAGCAUUUUACAAUAUGGGUCGUCUGUAGAUGGUCUCUACCCCCACAAAUCCUUGGCCGGGGCACUUUGCCAAUGAGGCAAGUUGAGGCUCUCGCCUCAGGCGGCAGCGCCCCACUAGGUACCAGGGGUGGCAAAAAUGCUGCUGGUACAUUAAGAGUUUUCUCAUCCAAACACAUUGUAUAACACCUGCUCAAUGCCAACAUGUUUCUGGUAUAAGGAGUAUGCCCUAACCGGGCAGGCACUUGAUGUAGGUACAAAAAGUGAGCAUUUGUGUGAAAAUGUCUAUGUACAGCUUCAUAUUAACUAUUUUUGUGCUGCAAUUGAAGUUUUUAUGUUCAAAGACAUUAUCCCUAUUUCCACAGACUGGGCCUCAUUCUUUUUAUUAUAAUGACCAGGUCAGUAUUAAGCCUACAUGACUAAAAGCUGAGCACACCCAUUUCCCUAACCUAGUUUUUCAGGACAAAGAAAGAUAAUCAUUAGGGGUGGCGCUAAUUUGUUAGGCACAUGCCAGCGUCUCUAAUCGCUUACCUCUUUACUUAGGCCAGCACAUCUCUAAUAUGAAAUACACAUUGGACCUCUGCUGCAGAACAUGGAAUCAAUGGCUGUCAUUGCUAUUCUGUAGUGCUGGAUACAGGCCUUUCUGUUGCCUAGAAGAAAAUUCCAAAGGGACACAGAACUAAUUGCGAGCGUGUUUAAAGUGGAGUGCAAUGUUUCAGGGUCACACCCUUUUAUCAAAUGUUGCACUCCGCAUUAAACACACAAGGCAAUCUUGCUUGCAAUUAGUCCUGUGUACCUUUGGAAUUUUCUUAUACGAGUAUCAUUUGUGAGGUGGCGAAUCUCUACCUCAGCGCACCAGGUAUCUGCGACAUUAUUUAAUUUAGGGCGUGUGAGAGCCGACUUCCUUGCAGUUUCUGUUGCCUAGGACACAGUGGGACAGAUGUAGUGCCAGUUGGUACUGCACAGAAACGUGUACAGAUAGUCGCAAGGUUGCAACUACCAGGAAGGGAGAUAAAGCAUUUUUUAAACAUCUGGAUUCAUAAGAAUUUGUAAAAUAUACAGUUGUCUAGGGUUUACUUUUUGGCUUACAAGCAUGUGUUAAUUCAGUAUUGCUGAUGGUGGGGGUGUUUGAUCUGUAGAAGAUGGGAAUCUCCCUAUAUCGAUACCUAUUUGGUACUGGCAUGCGCAAGAGUCAUAAGUCUUUUCCAAUCAGUUGUGUUUUUGUGCAUAUAAUAAAACUUGUUUCUGUACAA